CAGGUGGACAAGCUGAACUCCCGCAUGAAGCAGCUGAAGCGCCAGCUGGAGGAGGCGGAGGAGGAGGCUCAGAGGGCCAACGCCAACCGGAGGAAACUGCAGCGAGAGCUGGAGGACGCCACAGAGUCAACGGACUCCAUGACCCGAGAGGUCUCCACCCUGAAGAACAAACUCAGACGUGGCGAACUCCCGUUCACCGUGCGCCGCACCAUGCCUCGCACCGGCAUCGAGAGCGACGAGGAGAGCGAGACCAAGAGCGAGACCCCCGAGUCCCCCAAGCCUUAAAAACCCUGAGUCAUCAUUAAAAACACCCGCAUCAUAAAAUACAAAAACACACACUAACACACACUUCUGAACGGAGAGGAACACAAAACUAGAGAAACCGAUUUCCUCCUAGUCCUGUGACAAUCUAUGCAUUCAUAACACACACAGUAAACUCGGGACAAUCACCAUGCUGACACACACACACGUUAUUUUUGGGCCAAAUGUUUUCGUCCGCUUCAUGUUUCGUUCUCUGGGAAAAAGAAAAAAAAAAGGAUAUUUUUGUAAGGAAACAUUCCAAUGAUGGUAGUCCUGAUCCAGGAUCUAUUUUUCUAAUUGAAGAAGGAAGGAAGUACACAUUAAUGAAGAGCGAUCUACUGGAAGGGGACCAAAGUAAUAUCUCGAUCUACAGAAAAUGUAUUUUAUGCAGAAGUUUUUAUAAUGGUUAAGAAUGGAAGUGCUUAUUAUGCUCUCGCUUCAGAUUAUAAUGAAGGGUUAUACGCGGAAUGUAUCCUAUCGAUUUAGCGUGGCGGUAGAUUUGAUCAACGUUAUUUCUGUGAACAGAUACUAAAUGUAUGAGUUAAAAACCCAAUAAAUGAAAUUAAGAGAAAUGUAUAAAAUUAAUCGGCUUCUAUACGAACUAAAUCCACAAAUAAAAAAUACAUAAAAUGGUUUCUAAAAUGUGGAAUAAUACAUAAAGAAUAUUUGAAUUUAAAUUUGCAAUUUCUUUCGACAUAACAAAUAUUAAGCAUUUUUUGGAAGGUUUCACUUUUACAAAUUCCCCAUUUACACAUCUGUUCACACGAAGUAAAGUACGAUAAAUCUACCUCCUUGAUUUAGCUGCAGUUAGUACUCGUGACUACGCUUAUGGGCUUAAAAAUGUAACACACAUUUCUUGCGGAAACUUAAAAAUCAGAGGCAGAUUUCAAGUUAAAAAAAAUAAAUAAUAAUUACGGAAGGCGUUUUGAUUGUGCUGAAUUUUCUUAAUUUUUGCACUGAGAAAAAAAAAGCCUUGACAUUAAAAAAAAAAAACACUGCGUUAAGUUUGAAAAAGACUCAUGGUAGUGAGUGUGAGCACACACGCGCACACUAAGGCCUUAAAUGCAGCAGCUGAAUUCUGGGUAGGGAGUUCUAAUUUUUCUGGACAUGCAUUGAUUUUUUACAUUUCACUCUAUCAGUGUUGUGUUUAUGUUGAAGGUAAAGGGGGUGGUGGGGAAGUCUUAUUACUCGCACUGUAUCCUCAGAGCUCGGUUGCCGGGUAGAUUUGGGAAGUUAGGGGACGUUUACCCCCCCCUCCGCAGGCUGUGCUUUCGGCUCACACUGCUGGGAAGUGAGAGGAAUGUGUUGUUGUUGUUGUUGGGAAUCACGGAUUAAGAAGAAUACAAAUAAUGAACGCACUUAUAAUAAAAAAAAUUAAAAAAACAACAGCAAAGGAAAUCCAAAAAAAAAUGCUCAAUUAUUUUGUAAUGUCUGUCUUUCUGCACCUCUGGAAUCAUUGUUGUGAAAUGUUGGUAUUAUUGCAAUUAAAGAGGCUUUCUAAACUGCUA